AAUGAGGUGCAGAUGGCGGAGCGAAAAAGGAAGGAGGUAGAAAGACAAGGGCCAAGGCGCGUGAAAAUAGACACUAUCGUUUCGAUCUAGAAAGACAAGCUCGCUCAACUCAACUGUUAAGCCGGCACACCACCAGAGAACAACCUGAAGAAUCAUCGAUCAGAACCUGUAAAAUUUUUCCACCAAAAACGAUACCCUUAUUUCACCUCGCAUGCUAUCUUCUCUCCUUCAUUCACCUCCUUGGCAAAUUCCCCAAACCGUAAAACCCUCGACAUCUGUCUCCUCCACAGCAAUGAAGGACCGGUCGCCGCCUUCCUCAUUCGGCGCCGUUUACGUCCCUCCACACUGCCGUAUCCGCUCCCUCGUCUCCACUCCCUACUGUCACUCCUCCUCUAAUGCUUCUUCUCCUUCUCCUCCAAUUGGCUCCAAAUUUCGCGAAAAUCACAGCGAGAGCACUACUGUUUUAAACCCUAGAAACCGUCCUCCUCUUCAUCAACAACAGAGAAACGGCGUUGCUGAUAAUAAUGAUUUUAACAGUAAUAAGAAACCGGCACCGAAAUUUGUUUCUGCCUACGAUGACCGAGAAUCAGAGGAAGGCUCUGAUCUUGAAACGGACUCCCCCGUGGUUCAACCUGGUGCUUGCCUUUCUGAUGACAUUGAGGAGUGGAAACGGAAAUUAACAAUGCUUUUGCAUGACAAGGAGAAGCAAGAGUUGAUUUCAAGAGAGAAAAAGGACCGGCGUGAUUUUGAGCAAAUAGCUGCUCUUGCGAGUAAAAUGGGCUUGCACAGCCAUUCCUAUGCGAAAGUAGUUGUUUUUAGCAAGGCUCCGCUUCCAAACUACAGAUUUGAUUUGGAUGACAAGCGUCCGCAGAGGGAGGUGAACUUACCUCUUGGUUUGCUACAAAGAGUUGAUGCUUAUCUUGGAGACUACCUCUAUCAAAGGUCCAGGAUUAAUAGUAAUUUUCCAGAUACAUUUUCUAGAUCAAGCAGUAGUAGUCUCUCCACAGAUGAUGGGCUUUUUGAGCAACCUGAGCCACUGGCAUCCAGUAAGGCUGUUACGGAGAAAAUUCUGUGGCGGAGAAGUAUGCAAUUGUGUGAUCAGCAACAAGCUUGGCAGGAAUCUCCAGAAGGCUGCAAGAUGGUUGAAUUUCGUAAAACUCUUCCUGCUUACAAAGAGAAGGAUGCCAUAAUGGCAGCCAUUUCACAAAAUCAGAUUGUUAUAAUCUCUGGUGCAACUGGCUGCGGCAAAACCACGCAAAUUCCACAAUUCAUUUUAGAAUCUGAGGUAGAAUCUGUUCGUGGAGCUGUUUGUAAUAUUAUAUGUACACAGCCAAGACGAAUAUCUGCUAUGUCUGUUUCUGAAAGAAUUGCUUCAGAGAGAGGGGAGAAAUUGGGUGAACGUGUCGGAUACAAGGUUCGGCUUGAGGGUGUAAAGGGAAAGGAUACCCACCUUCUCUUCUGUACCACUGGCAUCCUGUUGAGAAGACUGCUUGUUGAUAGAAGUUUAAAAGGAAUAACUCAUGUGAUUGUGGAUGAGAUACAUGAACGUGGAAUGAAUGAGGAUUUUCUGCUCAUUGUCCUUAAGGAUCUCCUUCCUCAUCGGCCAGAACUGAAGCUGAUUCUAAUGAGUGCAACCCUUGAUGCCGAGCUUUUCUCAUCAUAUUUUGAUGGAGCUCCAAUACUACGCAUUCCAGGUUUUACAUUCCCGGUACGGACUCAUUUUCUGGAAAAUAUUCUGGAAAUGACGGGUUACAGAUUGACCCAAUGCAACCAAAUUGAUGGUUAUGGUCAGGAAAAGAUGUGGAGGAUAGGCAAACAAGCUCCGAGAAAAAGGAAGAGUCAAAUUGCUUCAAGUGUUGAGGAUGCUCUUAGAACAGCUGAUUUUAAGGAGUACAGUAGCCAGACUCGGGAGUCUUUGUCAUGUUGGAAUCCUGAUAGCAUAGGUUUUAAUCUUGUUGAAUAUCUCUUAUGUAAUAUUUGUGAGAAUGAGAGGCCAGGUGCUGUUCUUGUUUUCAUGACGGGGUGGGAUGACAUAAGUUCUUUGAAGGAUAAGCUUCAAGCUCAUCCUUUCUUAGGAGAUCCAAGCCGAGUCUUGUUGCUCACUUGCCAUGGUUCUAUGGCCAGCUCAGAGCAGAGGUUAAUAUUUGAUGAGCCUCAAGAGGAUGUGCGGAAAAUAGUACUGGCUACUAAUAUUGCUGAGACAAGUAUCACUAUCAAUGAUAUUGUUUUCGUUCUUGACUGUGGGAAAGCAAAGGAGUCUUCCUAUGAUGCAUUGAAUAACACUCCUUGUCUGCUUCCUUCCUGGAUUUCUAAGGUUUCUGCUCAACAAAGAAGAGGAAGAGCUGGCCGCGUUCAACCAGGAGAAUGUUAUCACCUCUAUCCUAGGUGUGUAUAUGAUGCUUUUGCAGAGUACCAAUUGCCAGAAAUUUUGAGAACGCCUUUGCAGUCUAUUUGUCUACAAAUCAAAAGUCUGAAACUUGGAAGCAUAUCUGACUUUCUAUCUAGGGCUUUGCAGUCGCCUGAGUUAUUAGCGGUUCAAAAUGCCAUUGAAUAUUUAAAAAUCAUUGGAGCCUUGGAUCAGAAUGAAAACUUGACUGUUCUAGGUGGAUAUUUGACUAUGCUUCCAGUGGAGCCUAAGCUCGGAAAAAUGCUCGUUUUAGGUGCUAUUUUGAAUUGCCUGGAUCCAGUACUAACUGUUGUUGCAGGUCUUAGUGUCAGAGAUCCUUUCUUGAUGCCAUUGGACAAGAAGGAUCUUGCAGAGGCUGCAAAAUCUCAGUUUUCUGGUGAUUAUAGUGACCACCUAGCACUUGUCCGAGCCUAUGAGGGCUGGAAAGAUGCUGAAAGAGAUCUUUCUGGAUAUGAGUACUGCUGGAGAAAUUUUCUCUCAGUGCAAUCUAUGAAAGCUAUUGAUUCUCUUCGGAAGGAGUUCUUCUCCUUGCUCAUGGAUACCGGCCUUGUCGAUGGCAACCCAACCACCUGCAAUGCAUGGAGCCACGAUGAGCAUCUGGUUCGAGCAGUUAUUUGCAGUGGCCUCUAUCCUGGAAUUUGCUCCAUUGUGCACAAUGAGAAGUCAUUUUCAUUAAAAACCAUGGAGGAUGGCCAGGUGCUUCUGCACUCUAACUCGGUUAAUGCUCGAGAAUCAAAAAUCCCCUAUCCAUGGCUGGUUUUCAAUGAGAAGAUAAAAGUUAAUAGUGUUUUUCUCCGGGAUUCAACUGCUGUUUCUGAUUCAGUGCUGCUUCUAUUUGGCGGGAGCAUCUCUAGAGGGGAUGCUGAUGGGCACUUGAAAAUGUUGGGAGGAUUUCUGGAAUUCUACAUGCAACCUUCUGUAGCAGAAAUGUAUCAGAGCUUGAGGAGAGAGCUCGAUGAGCUGAUUCAGACCAAACUGCUGAAUCCCAGGAUGGACAUACACAUGCACCAUGAGCUUCUCUCUGCAGUGCGUUUGUUAGUUUCAGAGGAUAAUUGUGAUGGCAGAUUUGUGUUCGGUUGCCAUUUCUUCAAGUCCUCAAAACCAACUGUUUUUGCUACCCAGCCAACCUUAAUUUCAAGGGGUGAUAGUGGACCUGGAGGUGAUAAUUCCAAGAGUCAGCUCCAGACAUUGCUCACCCGGGCAGGAUAUGCUGCACCAUCGUACAAGACAAAGCAAUUGAAGAACAACCAAUUUCGCGCCACUGUUGAGUUCAAUGGAAUGCAAAUUAUGGGACAGCCUUGCAAUAACAAGAAGAGUGCAGAAAAAGAUGCAGCGGCUGAAGCCCUGCAGUGGCUGGUGGGUGGGACCCAAACAAGCCAGGAAUACAUUAAUCACAUGUCAAUGUUGCUAAAGAAGAGCAAAAAGGAUCAUUACUAAAAAAGGUUUCUGAAGCUUCCUAUAGACUGCUUUUUUGGAGAGCCACUAGCUGAACCUUUUGUUCCCAGCAAUUCUUGAACUCAAGGAAAUGUAGUCUUCUUGUUAUGUAGGUCCAACUCUCUUUCUCCCCUAAAGAGGAAAAGGAUGGUUGAACGACAAUGUCACCUUAGCAAACCUAACCUUAUCUUGAUAAAGGGUCAUGGCCAUUAGCAAUUGGACAGAUGCUCAAGUCCACGACAGGAGCUGCAAGCUAAUGCUAAUAACUUGUGGGUGAUUUGGAAUAUCAGAUAACCUGCAUUUAGACAUGGAGUUGAGCUGAAGAGUCACUGUUAAGAGAACUGGCAUGGAUCUCUCCACUUUAUCCAGUUCAUGCUUUUCCUGUGGAGCUGCAUGAUUGACAAUGCCUGAAAGUGUAAUCAUCCGAGACCAAGCACUUCUGAUUUGUCGCACAGCAUCAGAGAUGGGAAUCAGAGCUAACCCCUGUUUCGAGUCCAGUAUUCAUUUUGAUUGGAUUUUUGUAUAGUUAGAUGGAAAAAAAAUUAGGAUGCCCGGAACAUCAUGGGGGCUGUAUAUACGAAUGUGUAAAUUGUUCUUACAUGAUUUUUAGCUACUUUCCUUGUCAUGGAAGGAUCCAGGUACAAAGACCUGUUAUUCUGUUAUGCCCAUGGAUAUAUUAUAUUGUUCAUUUGCA